UUUCUAAUAAUUAUUUAUUGUCUAUACUUUUGGUAUCUCUAUUCUAUAGGCUCAGCACACAACCGUUGCUUCCAUUGAGCUCUCUUCUUUCGUCAAACAAACCCCCGACGUGUACAACAUCAGUUUCACAGUGGCCUCAUCAACACCUUGGAUUAUAACAUGAAUGUGGCUCAUAGCCUUCACACUCUGUAGACUUUCCCAGUUCUUAAACCAUAAGAGGUUCUCCCACUUGAUACCGUACUUUUCACAAAAUGUCUUCUUUAAGUAUCUUUCUAUGACGGUUCUGGUGUCUGCCGAAAUAUCCCCUAUUGGACUUAAUGGAUCCACCGGAAUUUUAAACUUAGUCCAUACGCACAAAUGGUGGAUACCCUCUGCAAAGUUAUAAGGAAAGUCAUUUUUAAGAAUCUUUACGUCGCUGGGCUCAACAAACAACAUGGUCAGUUUGGGCUUGAUUACAAUUUGACUAUCAUCCAACUGCCGGGCAGUUUCCGAUUGUGCCCACUGAAGUUGGUUAAUUAGAAGGUACUUGAAGACGGACAUUUGAGGAUCCAGCACAACUUGUUUCUUGAACUUGAGGUACUUUUCACUAUCGGGCCCCAGCCGGGCAAAACGUUCUAGUUUAUUAGACCGGACAAUAUCAACCACCUCUUCCCACUGAUAAGGCAGCUGCCGUAUUUUAAAAAGUGGCAUAUUUGGCAUCUGGAUGAAUUGAAUUUGGCUGUCAACUACUACGCUCAUUUUUUUCCACACAACCUAUUUGAUAAGAGCUCGACCACAAAUGCCACGAGAAUGCAAUUAAUUGGUACCACCGGAUUUUAGAGAUAAAUCAUGCUUAUAUAUGGAGACGCCCUGUUAUUUAUUUCAUUGAUGUUACAUUGAAGAUGAAGGUUGCAAUAUCGCAGAAAAAGCAAUGUGGCUGCAUCCAUCUUAUCAGACAACUCUGGCCAUGCACGACCAUAUAUUGGAGAUACCAUUUACAGGUAGUAGAGAUGUGUAUGUCUAUAACUGAGUAGCUAGUAUUCAUUACAAGUAUAUAGAAUACCAGGAGGGGUUUUCCCAGAUUUUUAGGGGGUUCUAUUAAACUUUACUGAUAUGUUGUUAAUGGACAAACUCUAUUUGAAAAAUGUGAAAUCUACUAUUUCUAUAUAGCGGGGUAUUUUUUAGCUAAUUCAUUGCAGUAGUCACCAACCAGUUUUGCUACUAGACCCACCCACAGCGUUGCUCCCAGUCACGUGGGUACAAUAAUAGUUGUCAUUUGGGAUUGUGUUGGGGUAGGGGGGCUCCAUCACGUGCUCUUCUUAUCUUGCUACAUCAUCAGAUGAGCGCACUAAAAAUAAUUACAAAAUGAUGAAGCUUGUAGUGUUACGCCAUGGCGAAUCACUAAGUAACGACGAAAACAAGUUUUCGGGAUGGAUCGAUGUCAAGCUCAGCGAUAAGGGAAAGAGGGAAGCGGAACAUGCAGGUGAAUUGAUAGCAGCAGCUGGCUCCACCAAUAUUCGCCAUCUCUAUACCUCUAGGCUUUCACGAUCCAUCCAAACUGGCAACAUUAUUCUCGAAACCCUCGACCUACUUUACAUUGACCACCACAAGUGCUGGGAGCUUAAUGAGAGGCACUACGGGGCUUUCCAAGGACACAAUCGUAAAGAGAUAUUUGAGCAAGUAGGAGCUCAGCUGUAUAAUUACAUUCGGAGAAACUUCCAUGGUAAGCCUCCGCCCAUUGAAGGUGUUGAUGGUAGUGUGGACUCUCGAUAUGAUGACCUUGACCGUACAGCGAUUCCGAACGGAGAAUCGCUAGAGGAUGUAAUGAAUCGGUUUAUUCCUUUGUUCAAGUCGAUUCUCUCAUCAAACGCUCCUGGAGACGAUAUACUCAUAAUCACCCACGGAUCGGUGGUCAGAAGCAUCAUCAAGUACUUGGCCAACAUUGCCGAAGAAGACAUAAGCAAGGUGGAGAUUCCCACGGGGAUUCCAAUCAUCUUUGAGUUAGAUGAUCAGGGUCGGUUGCAGACGCCGUACCAUUAUUUAAACCAUGAAUUGGCGUUGCAGGAGAUCCAAAACUACAGAAAGAAGACGAUGUAUAAGAUGUGAUAUAAGUGCCCAAGGAGAAGCAAAUGAAGGAAGAGUAAGUUAAACUGGUAUUCUUAUGGCACACAGUACAUAGAUAAACGAUAUGCAUAGAAACAAGAUACAUAAUUUCACCACCAUCUACGUGCGUUUAUGUGGCUGUCUCGCAGCCAAUCGGCACUAGCUGGCGUUAAUAAGGUUGAAGGAAAGUGCAGCAAUUCACAUCAGUCAUACGCCACAAUUUUACGCUUGACCCAGGCGCAUGCGCUGGUUCAGGCGCGAAAGGUUGCUCCGCUCGCGACGGAUCUAUUCUCGCCCGUGCUACCAGCGGUUGGCGCGGAACGAAAAGGCUACCAGUGGAAGCAAGAGGAAUGUUCCAA